ACCUUUCCCCCUCUCACCUGAUCUCCGUUUCACAGUACAAGUCCAUCUAUCGUACCAAGGACAAGGGCAGUGUCCAAAUUACCACCACCUUUCGCGAAUCCUGCAUUCCUGCUGCACACUUCAUUCGACUGCUUGAUUUGCAGAUCAGAAAAGUAGCAACACAGUUUGUUGCUUGCUACCGUAUCUCUGACUCUUCAUGUGCCACAAGAAUAUUUACGAGGGGGGCAGUGAGAGACCGAGGAAGAUGGUGCUGGUGGAGAGCAUUGGCAAGUACAGGGUUGGCCGGACCAUCGGCGAGGGCUCCUUCGCCAAGGUGAAGCUCGCCGUCGACACGGAGACCGGCGGCACCGUCGCCGUGAAGGUCAUCGACAGGAGCACGGUGCUCAGGAACAACCUCAUGUAUCAGGUGAAGAGAGAGAUCAGCGCAAUGAAGCUUCUCAAUCACCCCAACAUAGUUAAGAUACACGAGGUGAUCGCGACGAAGACCAAGAUAUGCCUGGUGAUGGAGUAUGUUCCAGGAGGGCAGCUGUCUGACAGGCUAACUUACCACAAGAGGUUGGAUGAGAGGGAAGCAAACAAGUACUUCUACCAGUUGAUUGAUGCUGUGGACUAUUGCCACCACAGAGGCGUCUUCCACAGGGAUCUCAAGCCAGAAAACCUUUUGCUAGAUAAUCAAGGCAAUCUCAAGGUAUCUGAUUUUGGACUCAGUGUCCUACGGAAGCCAGGGCAGUUGCUAUCCACGUCUUGUGGCUCGCCAUGUUAUGUGGCUCCUGAGGUGAUUCAGCACAAAACUUACGAGGGGGCAGCUGCGGACAUCUGGUCAUGUGGUGUGAUCCUGUUCGAACUUCUUACUGGUUAUCUGCCAUUUCAAGACCAUAGCUUCACAAACUUGUACCGAAGGAUAUCUCGAGGGCAGUUUGCUUUCCCGCAGUGGAUUACGCUACCUCAGAAGAAGAUUAUCUUGAGCAUACUGGAUCCAUCUCCUAUAACGAGAGCAAAAAUAAGCGAUAUUUUCAACGACAAGUGGUUCCAGGAGGGUUACAAGCCUUCAAUAAGGACAACAGAGAGUGUUUAUUGUGAUGAUUGUGUUGAUCUUGAAGAAGCCAGCACAGAUAGUGAUAGCAGCCCUAACACGCAGGUAAGGGAAGCUGAAGAAGCAAGUCCGGAGCCUAGCCGGUUCAUUAAUGCGUUCCAGUUGAUAGCAACGUGCAGCGAUCUCGAUUUGUCAGGACUAUUCCAGGAGCAGAAAACAAAGCUCGGCUCGCCACACGCGGUGCAGGAGACACUGAAGAUGAUCAGCGUUGCAGCACGGGAUGUGAGCUUGUCCGUGAGGAGAAUGAGCAACUCCAUGGUGAAGCUUCAGGACAUCAGAUUGCUAUCAAGAAGCAUGCUAGAUCUUACUCUCUCGGCAGAGGUGAUUGAGGUGACUGAAGCACACUGUGUCGUCGAGGUGUCCAAGUCCACCGGUGAUCUGAGAGCAUACAAAGAGUUCUGCACAAGCUUGUGGAGACUGCUCAAUGAGGAGCAGUGUGGUAGCUCAUCUAAUAUGUAAGUAAUCUGAGUAAAAGAAGACAAACAGAAAAACAGGGCAGCUCACAGGCUAGCAUAACCAGCUGUGAGAAUUUGCAGCUAGGAUGUUUCGAUGGUGGGCGGUACACUUCGCACCAAGCACUUGGUGCUCAAUGAAUGCUACCCUGGUUAAUCAAACUCACUAUAAUUUCACAGAAACUUUGUGGUUUAUACAGCCAUUCCAUGACAAAGGUUCAAUUUGCUCUACUUUUGUGACUCAUAGGCACCGUAUCACUGAUUCCAUCACUGACUGGAUGUUUUUUACAAGUAUAAAUAAACCAAGGGUAUUCCGGACCAAGAGUGAAGUACCCAGCUCAGUGGUUACAUGUCCCUAUUGCAAUGCUUGUGCCAUGGUUGAGCGAUAAGAGAGCUGUUGCUCGUACAGGGACCUGAAUAUCUGAUAUUUGGCA